AUGCUACAUAAUUCUAGGCCCUCUAGUUUGAACAUUCCAACCUUCCACUACGCCGCGUGUGCGUUUCGAUCUGUCCUGCCCGCUGCCGGUAUUCCGAAGCUACGCCUCGAAACCGUCUACUGUUUCGACCAAUGUUCAGCCAGCUUUUAUCAAUCUGCGAUUGGUUUCUCAACGUGGUUUGUCAUGUCCGACAUGCUUCCUAUUGCGGAAAUCCUCGUAUUGUUCGGAGACCGGCAGAGAAUCAGCACCUUGAGCAUCCGACUCACGACUCAAGACAAUCGAAAGACGUUUGUGGUCUUCUCGGAUGAUGGCUGCGAAGAGAGAAUUCGUCGCAGUUUAGACCCGCUGAUGCCAGGUAUCCCGGGCACCAAAGACGAACCCUUCAAGAAGCCUGGUGUUGAUAGCGGUCCAAGCUGGCCUCAAAAAAACCAGCACCAGGGUGGACGCUUGCCGGCCGCCUGCACCCAGCGUCCAUCCCUGGAGCCAACCACCCUCGUGGAAAGAUCUGGAUGGGUCCAUGAUUCAUCAAACGACCCUGUACUCGCCGGGGGACUCAAGAGAGGAAGAAAAAAAAUCGCACAGGAUGCAUCCGAAGCCAGCCUCUUCACUGGCCGCGUGGUCUGCGCCAACCAAGAAUCGAGACGAGUCUUGCCAAGCCGCUCUGUACCCGUUCGGAUAGACGACUCAAUUCUCCCCGUCAUCUUGGCACAACAGCCAGGUAGGUACCAUAUCUUUGGCCGAACCGGUCCCGAGAGAAUUGGGCUUCCUAGCUUCUCAACAGCCUGGCAAGCAAGCCCGCCUGCUCUGAAUACGCGUAAUACGUACUCACAUAUGGACUUCACCAACUCCGAUAUCUUACCACUCUACCGUCAUACAUUUCUGCCUGAACGUUUCAGGAACAAAUUCUCUUUUACAAUGGCGGCGGGGAGGAUUCGGCUGCCCGUCACCAUCGGCUCCACCCCCUUUGGAGCCGGCCCCGCUGCCAGCCAACCGAACUUCCAAGACUGA